AUAUAUUAUAGCAUAAACCCUAAAACCUGGUUAUCAUUCACUACUGUCAUCUCUCGUGCCACCGCCGUCAACCGGCCACGCUGCCACUACCUCAUCUGCGAACGGCCGCCGUACGGAGGAGCUUCCCGCAAAGACGAGUCUCUGCACCACCAACAAGAUUGGCUUGUAAAAGAUGAGUUUAAUAUCUCAAAAUACUCGCACUAAAAAUGAGGCUAAGAGGGAAGUGGACACUAGAGAAAAAGAGACUGAAGCUGAUACUCUGAAAGUGAACAAGAGGAAGAGAGAUGGCAAGGGAGAGGAGCUGGUAGUAGAGCAAGUGAGGGAAAUGAAGAAGCUGGAGAGUUUUUUGUUUGGAUCUCUCUAUUCCCCUCUUGAAUUUGAAAAGGGAGAUAAUGGUGAAGUGGAGGCUGAGGCUGCUGCGAAGGUUUUUGAUUUGUUUUUCACUGACCGUUCUGCAGAUACUGUUGUCUCUGUUUACCAGGAGGAUGCUGAUCUCUCAGUUGGAAGUCGCGAUGGUUAUGAUGCUUUGCAGAGAAAACCUGCGUGGGUGGAUGAGGAGGAAGAAAAUAUCACUGUGAACAUCGGCAAAGUUAACAGGUUAAGGAAGUUGAGGAAGGAAGAAGAUGAGAGCUUGAUCUCUGGUUCAGAGUAUGUGUCGAGGUUGAGGGCUCAACAUGUGAAGCUCAACCGAGGAGCUGACUGGGCGCAACCUGAUUCAAGGACAAAAGGAGAUGAAUCUUCUGAUGAUGAGUUGACAGGUGAAGACAAUGGAGCUGUUGUGAGCCGUGGUUAUGAGGAUGUGGAUGACAUUCUCAGGACAAAUGAAGACCUGGUGGUGAAGAGCAGCUCAAAAUUGUUGCCGGGGCAUAUUGAAUACUCAAGACUUGUAGAUGCAAAUAAACAUGAUCCUUCUAAUGGUCCCAUAAAUUCGGUUCAGUUCCAUAGAAAUGCUCAGCUUCUUCUUACUGCAGGGUUGGAUCGGAAGCUUAGAUUUUUUCAAAUUGAUGGCAAGCGGAACGCUAAAAUCCAAAGCAUCUUCCUUGAAGAUUGCCCCAUUCGAAAAGCAUCUUUCUUGCCAGAUGGGUCUCAGGUUAUAUUAUCAGGAAGAAGAAAGUUCUUUUAUAGUUUUGAUCUUGUUAAGGGAAGUUUUGAUAAAAUAGGUCCUCUGGUUGGUAGGGAAGAAAAGAGUUUGGAAGUUUUUGGGGUGUCUUCUGAUUCUCAAAUGAUAGCCUUUGCCGGUAAUGAAGGUUAUAUUUUAUUGGUUUCAACAAAAACAAAGCAAUUAGUUGGUACUUUAAAGAUGAAUGGAACAAUCCGUUCCUUAGCUUUUGCUGAGGAUGGACAGUUGUUGAGUGCUGGUGGUGAUGGCCAGGUUUACCACUGGGAUCUGAAAACAAGGACUUGCAUUCAUAAAGGUGUAGAUGAAGGUUGCAUAAACAGCACGGCUCUUUGUACUUCUCCUGGUGGGGCACAUUUUGCAGCUGGUUCAGACAGUGGAAUUGUGAAUAUUUACAAUAGAGAGGAAUUUCUAGGGGGCAAGAGAAAGCCUAUCAAAACCAUUGAGAAUUUGACUACAAAAGUGGAUUUUAUGAGAUUUAAUCAUGACUCUCAAAUAUUAGCAAUCUGCUCAAGCAUGAAGAGGAGCAGUUUAAAGUUGAUACAUAUCCCAUCAUAUACUGUGUUCUCUAACUGGCCAGCACCAAAUACAAGCUUGCAGUAUCCCCGCUGUCUUGAUUUUAGUCCAGGUGGUGGUUUUAUGGCUGUUGGAAGCUCUUCAGGCAAGGUGUUAUUGUAUAAGUUGCACCAUUACCAGCAUGCCUAAGGUGGAUAUGAAGUACUGGCAAGAUUUGAAAGUUUUGUAGCAUUUGUUUUCUUGAAAGAUUUUGAGACUUGAGUUGUAUUUUAUUGGAAUGAUUACCUUAUGAAGCUUUAUAUUUUCCUGCUUAGAAGCUAGAAAUAACAAAGCUUCACAUGUUUUCUAAUUUAUUAUUUAUCAUCUACUCUAUUUAUAAUUGAAAUACACUUUUAUUUCCUAUAGAUAAACCCUUUUAUUUGGACUUCA